AUGGGAGAGGGUUGGAGCCCGACCUCCUUUUUCAGUGCCGCCACCAAUGCUUUUGCGACGGAUCCCUCGCCACCACCACCAUCUAAUCCCACUAAGAUGGAGAAGGCAAUAAUUAAGGGGAGGGUGCAAGGGGUGUUCUACAUGAACUGGACAUUGGAGAACGUGAAACAAUUGGGACUCAAAGGAUGGAUGCGCAAUAGGAGGGACGGCUCCGUAGAGGCCCUCUUCUCCGGCGAUCCCGAUUCCGUCAAUGAGAUGGAGCAGCGUUGCAGGUGUGGUCACCCCGAUUCUAUGGUCAACUCUCUCCAAGUCUUCCUGUCAGACGAAGUUCCUGGCCCAGGCUUCGAUCGCAGACAAACUGUUUGA